AUGGACAAGGAUGUGCCUAGGAGUCAGGCAAGUUUUGCAGAUCUUGUUAACAUAGCUGAGUUGAGUAUCAGGAGAGUUAUUGCCAUGGCCAAACAGAUAAGAGCAUUCAAAGCCCUCUCUCAAAAUGAACAAAUCCACUUAUUGAAGGGAGGCAGCAUCGAGCUCUUGAUCCUGAGAUCCGUGAUGACGUUCGACAAGGAGCGUCAGCAUUUUUUGGACCCCGUAGAUCAGGAAGAGACAAAGGCCAUGAGUAUCGAGCAGUUGAAACACGCAGAAACUGGGACGGGCUUGUUCGAAGAGCAUAUGAGGUAUGUACGAUCGCUGGCCGUCGACCUGCACGCAGACGAAACGACACUAAUCCUCCUUCUCGUAAUUUCUCUCUUCAGUCCGGAUCGGGGCUCCUCGCAAUAUUCGUCGGCCAUAUUGAACUAUCAGGAGAGGUAUUCGACCCUUCUACAACGGUACCUAAGAUCUAAAUAUCCAUUGAACAUCGCUAGCCAGCUAUUUCCUAAGCUCCUGAUCAAGUUGACUGACAUUAGGAAUUUAAAUGAAGAGCACUCGCAUGUUCUUUUAAAGGUCAACCCCGAGGGUAUUCAGCCUUUGAUGAAAGAAGUUUUAGAGUUGAGUCACCCCGUCGUCGCAUUGGCCACGCCCCCUUCAACGUCAUCGUCGUCUUCUUCAUCCUCCUCCUCUUCCUCCUCAUCUUCAUGA